AUGACUUCAAUCAUAGUUUCUGCUUCUUUAUUUCUAUAUUUUGCAAUAAAAUGUGACGCAUCAGGUACAGAUAUAGCACUGGAUGCGAAAGCUACACUUUUACAUCGUAUUGAUAGCUUAAAUCUACUUAUUUAUACAUGCCUUUUGACACUAACCGUUUUAACUAUUUGGGUAUUCAAACAUCGACGAGUGAGCUGGCUUCAUGAAACUGGACUUGCAGUGAUAUAUGGUCUUAUAGUAGGAGCAAUAAUUAGAUAUGCUGGGAGUACAAAUCAAGUCACACAUAUUGAUGCCUUUCCAGCUCCAAAUACUAAGUAUAAUCUAUCAGUUCCACCAGACAUUGUACGAUUUCACUUUCCUGAUACUAUACCAAUUGCUCCUGGAGAGGUACCAGUCCCCAAUAAAACAUAUGCCUAUAGCUUCCGUGGGGAGAUUGUGAAUUUGGAACAAAAUGAAAUAGAUCUUAAAGCUACUUUUGAUCCUGAAAUAUUCUUUAAUAUUAUUCUUCCACCCAUUAUUUUCCAUGCUGGUUACUGCUUAAAAAGGAAAUAUUUCUUCCGGAACCUUGGUGCGAUAUUAACAUUUGCGAUGGUAGGAACAGCAUUAUCGGCACUUGUGAUUGGUGCUCUUAUGUAUGGCUGUGUUCAACUCAUGCCAGCAUCUUUAGCAGCAAGCUUCACAUUUCUCGACACUCUGUAUUUUGGAGCCCUAAUUUCACCAACCGACCCAUUGACUGUGCUUGCAAUAUUCUCUCAAUUAAAGGUGGAUGUUAACUUGUACGCUAUGAUAUUCGGAGAGAGUGUUCUCAAUGACGCUGUGGCUCUUGUACUUAGCGGAGCCAUACAGAACUAUGAGAAGCGGUAUUCUGUUGAUGGUGGUUUUGAAAUAACAGCUUUUUUGGCAGCCAUCGGUGAUUUCAUAGGAAUCUUCAGCCUCUCACUUCUAGUCGGUGCUUUCAUGGGAUGCUUGACUGCUCUGAUGACUAAGUUCACCCACGUCCGUGACUGGCCGUUGUUGGAGUCGGCUUUAUUCGUGUUGAUGUCGUACGCUGCCUUCCUUAUCGCCGAAGUCUGCGAACUAACAGGUGUUGUAGCAGUAUUGUUCUGUGGUAUCUGCCAAGCUCACUACACCUACAACAAUCUGUCUUCGGACUCUCGUAACAGAACCAAGCAGUUGUUUGAGUUGUUGAACUUCCUCGCUGAGAACUUCAUAUUCACAUACAUAGGAGUGUCGAUGUUCACGUUCCCCAAACAUCACUUCGAUCCCUGGUUCAUUAUAGCUGGAUUUCUAACUUCAACACUCGGCCGCGCUGUCAACAUCUACCCACUGUCAUUUCUCCUAAACCUGGGAAGGAAGCCGCCUAUACCAAUGAACUUUCAACACAUGCUCUUCUUCUCAGGUCUCCGCGGUGCAAUGUCAUUCGCCCUAGCCAUACGUAACACAGUAUCCGAGGCUCGUCAGGCGAUGUUGACGACCACCUCUCUGAUAGUGAUCGCGACCGUCGUACUACAAGGAGGAGCCGCCUCACACGCACUGGCCUACUUGAGGAUACCUACUGGUCAAGGUCAGAACGACGAGAACGAAGCUCUACCCUACCGUGACGUCAGAAGUCUGUACCAGGCCACGGACACCGGCGGACCGCCUGCUGACAUAAGUUUCGGCCUCCGAAAUAUGGACUCCGCUCAAUCCCCACAUAGCGACCGCGCUUCAAACGGCCGCAUGGUAGUUAAGUGGGACAAUGGCGAUAGCGGAGUGAUUAUGCCUUGGCAAAUAAACUCAUACGAAGACACUCCUCAUGGUAACGAGACGGGUGAGAAAGCCCGCCUUGCGCGUCUAUGGGGCGCGGUGGACUCUAAGCUUCUGAAGCCUUUACUAACGCACGCCCGACCGCCUCUCACGGAAACAUUACCAGCCUUUCUAAGCCCUGUAGCUAGGCUACUGACUACCACACGACAAUACACACAAGGCGAUGGACUAAGAAGGACUGAUUCGGAUUCCGACCUGUGUAUCGACGAGCCUCAACCCGUACCAACUAGUAUUGACCCACAGCAACCUUAUAAUAUACGGAAUGGAUAUGGAAAUGUCUAA